UACAAUUAAUGCACACAACACAAGCCGUGAACCGCAAGCAACAGCGUCCCUGUUUUUUUGCUCUGACAAAUUCCAAUUAAAUAAAAAAGGAAAAUAAAUAAAAACUUUUGGAAAGCGGGGGCCGCACUCUACGCCCCCCCCUCCUCACAGUGACGUCAGCAAUUAGUAUUAAAAGUGCACUCGUUACGAUUCCAGAUUCACAAUCAAUCAUUCGUUUGCUUCCCUACAAAAUCCCCCCUCUCAUUUUCAUUUUCAUUUUCACAAACUCCAAGUUAAGAAAUUAAUUUCCAUGGCGGAAGAAUUCGAAGAAUCUGAAAUUCUAUUCGAGGAAUUACUCGACGAUGAGGUUAGUAGUACUGUGAGCUGCGAUUUGCAGUUGGAUUCGCCGGAAUCGAGGAGGAAGAAGAUCAAUGAUCGAGAAAAAAGGAGAAGCUCCGCGCCGGUGAGGAUUCCGGGGAGGAAUAAUUGGUUCCGUCACGUGGAAAUGGAAUAUUCCGACGGCGAUGGGGAAAUGGUGCCGCCGCACGUGAUAAUAGGGCGGCGCGUGGCGGAAAAGAUAGUGGCGUUCUCGUUGUGCACCGGGAAUGGGAGGACGCUGAAGGGGAGGGAUUUGAGUGAGUUCCGUAAUUCGAUUCUCAGGCUCACUGGAUUUCUCGAAACUUGACUUCUAAACCUGGAUUUCGAUAAACAAGACAAAGUUAUGGAAAUAUUUAUAAUUUCUUUUUUUAUUUUUAUUUAAAUUUUUUUUUUAGAUAUUAAUUAGUUUGCUAAUGCAACCACAUAAUUGUGUCAUUUUGUUGUAAAAGGAACGAUAAUAUUAUUCAUUGCCUGAAACAAAUUAAACAAAAAUAGA